UGAAAUUGCUGCAAAAUGGCUGCAGUGUUUCGUCGCUUCCGGUGUCUUCACGCUCAGAGGCGCCUGGCUGCUUGGCAACCAGAUCCGAAGCCAACAACACAAGCAGGACAUACACGGUGAAGACCAUGCGUCGCUCAGCUGCCAGAUCACGGGGAGAUAAAAGCCGCAUUGAUUCUGUCCCAGGUAAUGCUGCUUCGGUCCAGUCUGUUGAGACUGUGGACAUUGUCCCAGGACGCCUUACAGACUCCACCUGGACCAGCAUGCUCUCCCAGGAGGAGGGUGAGGAGGUGCUGGUGGAUAUCAUAGCAGAACUGAUGGAAGAAGUGAUGGACAGAUGCUAUCAGCUGUAUCUACAAAGACAAUUGAUACCCUUCUCGGUGUGGUGGGCACAGAAUAACCUGGCGGAGACGCUAGAAUGUCUUCUCCUGAGGAGAGAUGAAGGGGAUGAUCCAGAACAUGAACUCUUUUGGCAAGAGGACUAAGAGCCCCAGCCCUGUGCGACUGAUUCUUGGGCUGAAGGAUCUGUACCUGUGCUUCAUGCUGGUCAGGAAUAGCACAAGGUAAGAAAAGGUGGGGGUCAGUAAGACAGUAAGACUUUCUUAACAAGUUAUAUUUUAGGUUUAUAUGACAUCCCAAACAAUCUGAAGUGAAAAGACUGGUGGACCAGACAGAAGAUUGUUAUGACUGAAACCAAAUUCUGAACCAUUAUGGAGUAGCAUAAGCUUUAAACAAUUUCACCCACACCAGCUGGAUUGCACAAAGUCAGCUUUGUCCACAACCAUUCAUAAUUUCCACCACAAGAUGUCGCUGCAAAACCAUAAACAGUCCCUGCAUGGUUAAACCAUGACAGAGUUUUACACUGACAACAUGGAAACUACUCGGUUACAAAAUGUACAUUAGUUCAGCGGUGGAAAAACAACCUCAUGAUUAUUAACUGCAUGAUUGUUUUAUACCUGAUUGAAUGACACACACUGAUUCUAGAUGGAGCCAGUUUGCUUUAACAUUUGCACAAAACAAGCAACAUCAGAAUGAAUGCAUAAGCUCAUAAAUAUUCAUGCAAGUAAAGUCCUGUGGGGACUGAAGCGUUCUUGGAAAUGGAAACAUUGGGCUGGAAAAACAUAACCCGUCUUUUCUUCACAGCGAUUAAAACAUUCAAGUGAACUAAAUAAAGAGCAUCACUGCUAGAAGCUCCUCCGUCUUUAUACUUAAUGUAUCAAUCUUGAGUCUAUAUUUCCACACAGGCCUAAAAUUAAAUGCUAGAAAAGUGCCUGGAGUGAUUCACAAAUGCUGGUUCCGCGUCAGUGGAAAGGAUGAUGUGAGAUUAGAAGAAUUUUGGGUAAUAUCAUAAAAAGAUAUUCAUGUAGACUGUGAUCUCAGCAUUGAUCCACGGGCUGCUGUCUUCCUUGCCCUUCGGCUGCCAAAAAUAAGAAUGAAGUACAAAUGUAAAAUGCUUUUAUUCCUCCUGUGAGAAUAAAAUUAGAGCCAGAGGGCCUAUUAAGGUGAGUUUGCAAAAGACGUCAACGAGACCACCCGCUGUUUUAUUCUGUUCCCGAAGAAUAAAAAAAGAAGUUCCAAAACGUCUAAAGAACAAGCGUGGCAUACUGAUGACUAUUUAAAAGUCUGUCUGCUCAGCCAUACCUGCGCGGUUCUGAUCAUUACACUCUCUCAUGACCUGAUUUUCUAGCAUGGUUUACACUCUCGUUUCAACUCUCAGUCCUCAGCGGUACUGAAAUUGUUUGGAAAUGCACUGCGGGGAUCUUUUAAAAACCCUUUUCCUUAUUUUACCCCAUCAAACUCUCAGACGGGUGAGUUUACGAGCGGAUUUUAAUCAGUUUCAUUUGGAUUCUCUCAGCGGGGGCUUCAAAGGGCAUCAAAUAAAGAGUUUUUAGAUCACAGCUCAGCUUUGGACGUGUAAAUGCCAAAUGAUAACAAUCACGUUUUGAUUUGAUACUAGCCAUGCAUCACUCAUGCAUGAUUUGGGGUCACAUUUAUGUUCUCAGGUAACAGAUUUUGGUUAUAAAAACAUGGGAUAUCUGUUUUGAAAUGUUUUUGUCAUGAUUAGAACAUUAUUUAAAGGUUACAAAAAUGUUCUACUAACUUUAUUUUUACCGAAAGUAUAAUGUUAUUUGAAAGUUUUUUUUUUAAAGGUCACCCAAAAAUGGUAAUCAAAAAGUAAUCAAAUGUAAUCAGUUACAUUACUUUAAUAAAGUAGCCUGUAACCUAUUGCAUUUCCAAAGUAACCUUCCUGACCUUCAACUGUUGGGUUACCAACGUUCUUCAAAAGAUCUUCUUUUGUGCUCAACAUUUUUGGGUGAACUAUCCCUUUAA